AUGGCGGCUGCGGCGUGUGGCGUGGGUUUGGCUCUGAUGUCCUGCCAGGCCCAGCGAGUCGUGUUUCUGUGGAUUGUGGUGUUGAUAACAGCGAUCGGGGCGGACUCCUCCGGUUCAGAUCCAGCCUCAUUUGUUUUGGACUUCUGUGUCCCCAAAGCCCCAAAACCCAGAGCAGUGAGUGCAGACUCGUGUGGGCUCCUCAGGGUGCUCCCCUCAGGGUGCUCCCCUCAGGGUGCUCCCCUCAGGGUGCUCCCCUCAGGGUGCUCCCCUCAGAGCCUUUGGUGA